AUGGCCUCAGAUGACGACAAGCGGCAGUUGAUCACUGGAGCAGAUAGUGAUCUUCAGUUCGUCCUCGGUGAGGCGGGGCUAUCGCUCGAUGCGCAAUACAGGGUGGUGCAGCGGCAUACCACGCUGCGCCGGUUCCAGGCGAUCGCCGAUUCUCGUGCUGAGGCACGAGUCGCUGGAAAGGCCGACUUCGGCUUGGCAGAUGACACUGCAGAUGGACGUCAGCAGAUAGCCGGGGUGGUCGCGGCGUGGGAGUUGGCCCGCGACGUGAUCACCAAGGAGACAGAGACUCGCGCAGAGGCUAAGGUGCUCGGGCAGCCCCGCAUUUUGCAGGUCACCGAACGCCAAGCCAUGAUAAAGGCGGUGGUGGCAGUCCAUGGCCAGCUGGGGGAAUCCGAGACUCCUUCAGCAGAGUACUUGGCAUUGAAGUGCGAGGAGUGCGAAGUCAACGAGCCCCAGGCCUCCACCGUGGAUGCCAUCACCUCUAAGAAGAGCACUUUGACAACUAGCAUUCAGUCUUCGCUUGACGCUUCAGGCCGCAUCCAUAUCACUCAACAUAAGGCCAAGAGCGAGCUGCCCACCACUACCGAGGCCUAUCGAAAAGUUCUACGAGUGGAGGCCUUCACUUGGCUAUGCAUGGCCGCGCGCUUUAAAUCAAAGCAAUGGCUUCAGGGUCUUAGGCUCUCGGACUUCGAUCAGUUCGUCAACUACAUCCUCGGUGAGAAAGUGGCUCAGCUAAAUGUUCCUACUUCUCAUCAGCCCAAUGAUGUGCCUACGCUUAGCCCUCCUUGGCAUGUGGUUCUAGCUUACGAACAUAGGCUACGCAAAGAGGCCUUUCGAUUGGUGACGCAAGAGGAUCAAACUCUUUCUGCCGCGCUUGCAACGGUGAUUAGCUCAGCCGAGCUAAAGGAGACCUACUUCACAACCCCCCUUGCACUUUCAAUCAUCGAGCGCCCUCGCAAAUGGUACAAAGGCAAAGGCAAGGAUAAAGACGGCAAGGGACUCGGCAAGGAUCCUAAGGGAGGCUACAAAGGCAAGGAUGACAAAGGGGGCAAGGGGGGCAAGACUGCAACGUCGGAUCCUGCGCUCAAGGGCCUCACUCUGGUGUGGCGCACCCCAGAAGGUGAUGUGGGCUCUUUUCUUCAUGAUCUUGGGCACGUGGAUACAUUGCUUCAAUUUGAUUUGCAGCGUUCUUCAGAGCAUGAUUUAACAAAGGACUUAGGAGCGACGCCCGAUCAGGAGGUGCCGGCAUCCAUAUGGCAGUUUCCAUCCAUUCGCGAGCUUCAGGUGACUACCAAGGCCAUCACCUUUGCUGUUUUCCAAUGCGCCUUCGAGGCUCCGACUUCAAAGCCGACACGCUUUCUCACCAAUCUUUCAGCUUUCACGCAACAGCCACCUGCCUAUGCUACUUGGCCGCGGUUCGACUCCCAAAAUCGCUACGUCGGCCCCUUGCCUCCGCGCUGUCCCCACGGAGGCCAUGAUCAGGUGUUGGCAGGUCGCUCUGGCCGUGUGUGGGCCACUUCAGCUGCGGCUGCUUACCCUCCGUUGUUGUGUGAAUGGAUUGCUCAUGCUGUGCUCACUUCCGCUGCGCAUGGGGGUAUCAGGUCAGCUUCGCACAGCUCGGGUCCUGAGGCGAAGGCUUCUCUUCAGGACGUUGGGGGUUUGGAGGCGGUUGUUAGUGAGGCGGUUGAUAGGGUAGAGGUGGUUUCAGAUGCAACUGUUUCCCGCUCCGCAGGUGCAUCGAUGCUCCAGGUGGUUCCUAGUUUGGAGGCGGACUUCGCAGAGGCCAUAUCCUCUGCCAAAACACCGACGAGGGCCGAGGUCGUCGAUGGCAGGCGCCUUGCAGGUCGACUCGUUCCGAUCACGGCGGAACCUGCUUACAUCCACGCUUAUCGGGACUUACAUUUCACAAUGCCUUGGACUGGUAGGCGUUUGGUGAUCAUAGCCUUCAGCGUUUCAGAUCAUGAGCAAGCGCCGCAGGAUGUUUUGUCCACGCUGCGGGGCCAGAGCUUCGUUCUUCCGGGCGAGGCUUCACAGGAGGCGUGUUCGAGCUUCAAAGCGCCCGCUGAGGAUGCUGAGGCAUCCGCUGACUCCUGCAGCGGGUCUACCAGCGAGGGGCCAGAGCCUUUCAGGCAUGAGGAUUGUCAUAAUGAGGGGCCACCCCUGAGCCUUGAAUGGGACGGAAAGGUGGAGCCCAUCAACGACGGUUUCGGGCUGUGUUCGCCCACACGGUGGCCUCCCGCUGCUCGGGGUUCGAGACUUCCGGCUAGGGCUGCAGGCUUUGCUAAGGCUAUGCAUCGAGUGCUCCGGGACUUCCUAGAUCAUCACAUUCCGGAUGUCAGGCGCACGGCCAUGGAGCUAGCUUUGGGGAGGCUCAAGUCGUCCCCCUUUCCGCCCGAGGUUCUUGAGGGUCUUAGAGAAGAAUGGUUUGGUUGCGUUGAGGUUGCACUCGGGGUUCGAUCUUCGGAGCUGCGGGAGAUCCCACCUAACCAGCCAUUCUACUUGCAUGCGAUCUCCUCCACCGCUCGGCUCCUUGAAGACCCAGACUGGGAGGCGAUCGCGUGCCAGAAGGACUCUUACGUCACCGGGGUUGCCAUCGGGUUUGAUGAGCCCGUCCCACACUUACCUCAAGUCUACGAGUUUAAGGUUAAGUCCUGUAAACUAGAUGAUUCCGAGGACGAGUGGCACCGUGACAAUUACUCCUCGGCUAAGCAGACCAUAGAACAGCUGGAGCAGAAGUUCAAAGAAGAGGAGGCGUUGGGACGCAUGGCGCCGUCGACUCUUCCCGUGCUUGAGCAAAGGUACGGCAAGGAUCGGGUUAGGAUUGCUUCCUUGGGUUCCCUCUUGAAGCCAGACGGGUCCGCGAGACCUCUGCACGACGGAACGCACGGCGUUCGUGUAAACAAUGGCAUUCGCAUGCUCAACCAACAGGCCAACCCUGGCCCACGUGAAGUUGUGCACCUCGUUCGCAGUGCCAAGCAGAGUCAGGAAGCGACGUUUUGCCUCACGGGCGACGUCACCGCCGCUCACCGCCUUUUCUUGGUGAGGGAGAGCGACUGGCCGCUCCUCUGUUGUCGUCUCAGGGAUGACUCGCCUGUAAUAUGGUACAACAAGGUAGGGACCUUCGGCAUAUCGUCCUCGGCGUUCCUUUGGUCACGGUUGUUCGGUAUCAUAGGUAGGUGUGCAGCCCGCUUCCUGCUGACCAUUUGGUUUUACCAUUUGGUAUACGUAGACGAUGUGCAUGCAAACUUCGCAGGGAAGGACAAGUUCCAUCACUUGCUCAUGUGGCUUGCAUGUUUUGAGAUGUUCGGUACCCCUUUUGCUUACAAGAAGUUUCGUGGAGGGCUCACUUCGGCAUUUGUGGGGUACGAGCUGUCCUAUCCUGAUCAGAGGGUCGGGAUCUCGGAGUCGCGAGGGCAGUGGCUGCUCAAGUGGAUCGAGGAAGCCAGGGCCUCUAGGUUCGUCGUUUCAGUUCGUCGCUUCGCAGAGUUCUUAGGCAGAUUGGGGUUCGUAUCUAGGCUGUUGGUUUGGCUAAAAGCACACUUAGCCCCACUCUACAGCUGGCGAGCUGCUGUCAGUGUCAGCGCGGUGGCUCGCUUGCCGGAUACCGUAAUCCUCACCCUAGAGUACUUGUCUUUUACGUUCAAGGACAUGUCUUUCAAGGUGGCUGCAGCUAGAACCAUCAGGCGGGAAGGAGUUGCCUUCCGCACUGAUGCCAAAUGCGCCGACGGUUGCGUCGUCCUAGGCGGAUGGGAAUGCUCGGGUACCACUAAGGACUCUAGAUGGUUUUCGAUUAGGCUCACCCCAGACGAGGCACCUUACUUGUUCGGCCCGGAGGGCCACAGUCAGUGGGCGUCCGCGUCUGCGGAGCUCCUGGCCACGCUUGCAGCGCUCCAUGCCUUUGGGCACUUGGAGGUCAAUGCACAGAGACGCAUCAUGACAGUUGAGGUUCUUGCACAGACAGACAACAAGGCCAACGAAGGUUUGGCCAAGAAGGGCUCAACUACAAGAUGGCCUUUGCUCAUGAUUAAUAUGCAACUCUCUCAUUUGCUCAUGAAGGCAAGCCUGAGGCUCACCUUGGGAUGGCGCCCCAGGGAUCAGAACCAAGAGGCAGAUGCUCUGACGAACGAAGUGUUCGAUCUGUUCGACGAUCAGCAUCGCAUCUCCUUGCAGUAUGCAGAUCUGCCGCUUUCUUUCCUUCACUCCUUAUACAAGGCCAGGCUUUUGCAGACGAGCAGUCGACAGGCAGAUGCUGUGCUUGAUGCUGCCAUCGGCAAGCCACGCUUUAAGGGCAAGAGAAAGAGAGAGAAGUCUCCUUGGUGA